CGUUUAAAGUUUAAAAUAUUGUUAAUAGAACGUGAACGCGUCGAACUAGGAAUAGUGAUUAACGUUCGAGUGUUUAAAUAGAAUAUGGAAAGAAAUUAGAAGAAACUUAGAGGAACUCGUUUCGUCUUGAGUCCGUGACUAAACGCUUUUAACGUCGGAUUUCUUUAUUCAGAAGCAUAAAAAUCAUGAUGAUUAAGGGAACAAAAAAUUGCAAUAGAAGAGAGUAACGUUAUUGCAAAAGGAUUGUAAAAGGACCGUGCUAGCAUACAGGUAGAAUUCAAACGGAGGAAGAGGAAGAAAAUCAGUGGGAGGGGGGCGGAACGGUUGGCAGCACCGGCGCUUCACGAAACACAGCCCCGCGCCUCUGCCCUUGGUCCCGCAUCGCUCGUGCCAGUUUUCUUUCGGAAGGGCUCCAGAGAAGAAGUAUCCAGGGGGGGUUAGGCAGGAGGUCGAAACGGCAGAAUUUCGUACCCGAUUAUGGGGCCGAUCGCGUUCGAAAGAAGGCGAUAGAAAAACAGAUCCACGCGACGUUCUAUCGCGUGAUAAUUUAAUGGAUAAGAGAAGCAAGGAAAGACGGCGUAUGCUGUGAAGUCGCGCAUUAGAAAGUAGGUUCGAUUCGGCGGGCGUAAGAAGAAGUAAGAAGGAGGUAGGAGAGUGGUGGAGCCGUAUAUAGAGGAAAGAGGAAGAAAAAAAUAGGUGUGCUCAGGACGCGUUCGUGAGUCGCGUGAGAGGUGAGGUGACGGCAGCGUGGUGAAAGCCGCGGUGAACCAGAAAAAAAAAAAAAAUUCGGCGGUAACCGGUAGCACCGAGGCUACCAAGGUGUUCCGGAGUGCAGCAGCAGCGGUCCAGGAUGCUGCCCGACGGAGCAAGAAGAUGGCCGUGAUCGGCGAGCAGAGGAUCGAGGCAGUGACAGCGAGGUCGCCGUCCUCCUCGUCCACGACGUUGUCUUCUCAUCGCUGUCGACACAGGAAAAAGCCACCGCAUUUACCUGCACUGUUAACUAUGUCUUCUUCGCGGGGUGGUGGUCUGGAAUCGGGAGACCUCAGCGACUACGAGGACGGUUACCUGGACACGGAUCCUCUGAGGUACGAACUGAGAAAUAUACAAAAUGUGAUACACGUUACUCGUCAAAACAUUGAUGCCCUAAACAAUCGUUUCGCUGGAUUUCAACAACCACCCUUGAUAUACUUGAACGAAUAUCAGGAGCUGACCAGUAAGUUGCACGAUCUAAAGUCCAAGGAACAAAAACUCAAUGAACUGUUGAACGCGAGUCAAGUAUCUGGUAGUGCUUCCACGUCCGAGAGUGAAUCCCGUGAAGUUAAUACAACAAGUAGAGGUCAAAGGACGCCAAUGAGAUCUUUACUCAGAGCAUAUUUACCUAAUCAACAGCGCACCAGUGUGCAAGUUCGCGAAGGACUGUUGUUAAGAGACGCGCUUGCCAAAGCAAUGAAAUUAAGAAAUUUGACCACUGAAAUGUGCGUGGUUUAUAUUUUGGGUGUAGAUAAUUCCAAGUGUCUUACAUCUUGGGACACAGAUAUCUCUUUACUGGAUUGCGAUGAAAUAUCUGUGGAAAUUUUGGACAAGUUCCCCAUAACUACUUCCAUUUCACAUAAUUUUGUUCGUAAAACUUUCUUUUCGCUAGCAUUCUGCGAGUGCUGUAGGAAACUACUCUUUCAAGGGUUUUAUUGUAGAACGUGCAACUAUCGUUUUCAUCAAAGGUGUGCAGGUGGUGUGCCUGCUUUGUGUCAUCAAGUACGCAUGCAGGAUGCUUACUAUCAAGCAUUGUUGGCACACAAUCUUGAAAGUACGGCUGGAAUUUUGCAACUUCCUUCCGAAUACGGUUUAAGCAGAAGUAUGUCACCGUCUCUGGCCCCUUCAAGAAGUCAGAGGCAUCCACGUUCCUUGGGGCAACAAGAUCGUUCCAGUUCGGCACCAAAUGUUUGUUUCAAUAUGGUCAAACCAAGCGGAGAUGCUGCUAAUUUAGACGAAUACAGUAGAUCUCAGAGCUUAGGUCGUCCUGUUGGUAUCGCUCAAAGCGCCGUAUCUCCUGGCAGCAGCCCUACAAAACAUAGUCAGUCUACUCAGGCUAGUCCUACGAGUACUUUAAGGCCAAAACGACCAAGGGCGAGAUCUGCCGAUGAAUCGUCUAAAAAUCUGCUUGCACCUAGAGAAUCUAUAGAAGAUUGGGAGAUUCCAGCAGAUGAAAUAUUAAUUGGACUUCGUAUUGGAUCGGGUUCUUUUGGAACAGUAUAUAAAGCUCACUGGCACGGACCGGUGGCUGUAAAAAUGCUUAACGUUAAGAUACCCACUGCUGCUCAGUUACAAGCAUUUAAAAAUGAAGUUGCAGUUUUGCGUAAAACUCGGCACGUAAAUAUUCUUCUGUUUAUGGGAUGCGUUAGCAAACCACAACUUGCUAUUGUUACUCAAUGGUGCGAAGGAUCUUCAUUAUAUAAACAUUUACAUGUAUUCGAGACAAAGUUUGACUUAUUCACAUUGAUAGAAAUUGGAAGACAAACUGCCCAGGGUAUGGACUAUCUGCAUGCAAAAAAUAUCAUCCAUCGGGAUUUGAAAAGUAAUAAUAUAUUUUUGCACGAUGACCUCACUGUGAAGAUCGGUGACUUUGGUUUGGCCACAGCGAAGACCAGGUGGUCUGGUUCUCAGCAAUUCCAUCAACCAACAGGAUCCAUUCUAUGGAUGGCACCCGAAGUGAUAAGAAUGCAAGAAGAAAAUCCAUACAGUUUUCAAUCCGACGUCUACGCAUUUGGCGUUGUUUUAUUUGAAUUAUUAGCUAGUCAGUUACCAUAUUCGCACAUCAAUAAUAAGGAUCAAAUACUGUUUAUGGUCGGGCGCGGCAAAUUGCAUCCCGACUUGAAUAAAUUACGUUCAGACACUCCAAAAGCAUUGAAGAGACUGACAGAAGAUUGUAUCAAAUUUUCCAGAGAAGAGAGACCAAUAUUUCGUCAGAUUUUAGCCAAUUUAGAGGGUCUUUCGCGGGGAUUACCGAAAAUAACAAGAUCGGCGUCCGAACCAAAUUUAAACAGGACGCAGCUACAAUCGGACGACUUUGUAUACACUUGUGCAUCGCCAAAAACUCCCGUGAACUUCCAGUUUGGAGCAUUUUCUUUUUAUCCUUCCGGCGGAAACAUAUAAAAGUAUCGCUCGGGGCGACGAGUCUGAUGGAAUUUGCAUAAAUUAAAUAUUUAAUGGAUUUUAAAGAAAAAGAAUCAUAAUACACUUAGCUACAAACAAUCUACGUAAUUCUUUCCAACUACACUUUGACUGUGUCGCAAUUGUUUGCUCGAUGUAGAAUGUGAUUAUAAAAUACUUAAUGCAAGUAAGACAGAAGGAACAGAAAUCAAUCUGAUGAAUCGACGUUUAUGAUGUAACUCGUGGCAAGAACAUGUUAGCUUUUACCUUUACAUACUUACUAUCUACGCGAGGGAUUUUUAUUUUACGAGCACUAUCGCUCGUGUAUAAACACAUAUUCAUGAACAUGUAUAUACACGCGCGCGCGUUAAUGUAGAAGUCUGUUCCCGUUGUGGAAUCCUUAUGAAGGAUGUAAAAAUAAAGUAAGUAAUAGAUGUAACGGCAUUUAAUUCGCGUGGGCCGUCGUUUGUUUGUGAAGUAUUUUUGCAAAGACCGAAGUGAUUUUUGUACCUACUUCCUUCGUGUAUCGUCUUGAAUAUGCUCACAUAAAAAUUGUUCCUUUAUGUAACUUAUAAUUUAUAGUCUAACGUUAGAAUGUAAAUAAGUUUCAUCGAAUCUACCUAAAAAUCAAUGUUUGUUUUACAACAAUUACCUCUUCUUCUAAACAACUCUUUUUCCAUACUAAUUACAUCUGACUGAGUUUUUGUUUGUUACGCAAUUGCUUUCGUGAGGUAAACAAAAAAGUUCUUUGGUUCAGGGGUACCAAAAGCUCUCAUUUUAUUAGAUCAUAACGAAUAAUAUAUUAUAUCGAAUAUAUUACAGCGAAUGAAAGUGAAAGUCAAACGAAAAGUGAUGUACAUACUUGGUUUUUUGACUUGAAGACUUUAUUAAUAAUAUGAACUGUAUUAUAGGGAUACUUGCGAGUCGUUUGUUUUUGCUUAAAGUAAUUCGAGAAAUUGUCACGAAUCAUGGCCUAAGUCCGUUCAAUUCUAACCGACGUGCGUAACGGUUAAUCGCGUUACGGCUAAAGAAAAACGAAAAAGAAAAAAAUCGAAUUUUAACAUAGAACACAAUUGACGAUGCUAUCAAACUGUUCAUCAUAUCCUAACUUUAUAGUCGACUUAUUGUUCCUCGCAUUUUGAUAUUUAUUAAUCUUUACUGUUACCUUUUGUAAGUUCUUUUUCACCGGUUCGAGACUCGCGAUGUAGGAAGGGGCGCGAACUUCACUUCGAUAUCGAUCGAUUACAAAAGUAUUCGUUGCGUAUCAUCGAAGACUUGAUUUUACACGUGGCGACUUGUGCUUUUGUCACGGCUGAAACGUGUUUUAGAUAGCGGUCCCGACAACCAGUAAACACAAACACAGAGGCAACGUGCGCGAUCUACGAGCGUAAUCGAUUUUACGUUUUUCGAGGGGUGAGAGAAAAAGUAGUAAUUACACGACGAUAAAACUUGCGUCUUCUGAAACGCUUCGCGUCAUUGAUUUUCGUGGGUGUUAAUGGAUCGAACCAUCGAGGGCGCUCGACGACCGCGGCGCGUUUCCCAACUGUGGAAAAAAAGGCCUAACAGCAAAUCUUCGAAAUUCGCUAGUUAGAAACGAGUGAUCUUAUUUUUAAAGCAUCACGCGGCAUCCCCCGAUUUAUUAUUUAUUUAUUUAUGCGUAAUCUUCGGUGUGACGAACUGUGCGAUUUAAGUAAGAGAAAUCUGGAGGAGAAGAGACUGGAACGGAACCGACAGGUUUUCGACAGCUUAUCGAGAGAGCUCGCGCGAUAGCGAUAUAGGGGGAAACGGCGCGAACUCGAGAACAGUAGGGGGGAGGGGGAGGGAGGGGGAGGAGGCGUUCGAGCGUGAGAAAGAAAAUAAAACAAAGAGGGGCGAAACGAGAGAACGAUGCGACGAACGCUUUAACCGGACCAAAGUGACGCAUUCGUCGUCGUUGCCGCCUCUUCUCGUAACAGGGAAACAGCGAACCGUGAAACGUAAUUGUCGAUUGUUACCAGAAUGCCACAAAAUACACAAAAAAAAAAAAAAAAAAAAAGAAAGAGACAGUUCUCGAUCGUUUUCCGUGAUCAUUUCGUAGCACGAUAUUUACAGGAACCGGAAACGUCGUCGAAGGAAACUAACAGUAGCUGGUGAAAUGCACCAGAAUCGCAUCGUAUAAUGUAGAAGCCGACAAUCUAUUUCUGCGCUCUUACGUUCACAUUUUUAAUCCGUUCUCUAUCACGAUAUGCAUCCAUUACUGUUCAACAGGUCUCCGCGAGUGUCGUUGGCCUUAACCAAUGACGCGAUAGUUUUUUUUUUUGUCAUAGAUGUAUUUUUAAUUUUCUCGCGUUCGUUCGCGUCGACAAUGCAUAUAUCAGUCUGAUAGGAAUAAUCGUGCAUCGCGCGUCGUUACGAAUCGUUUGCAUACGUUUGAAUUUCUAAAUUACGCACGAUCGCGUCAGUCUAAUCAGCUAAGGGACAACGUUUACCGUCGCGGAGACAGAACUUGCAAUCUUCGCGAUCGAUCUUCCUGUACGUCGUUGUCAAACUAUAGAAUGUUAUUUUUUCGGAAGACAUUCCUCUGUACGUUGCUUCGAUGUAUAUCGUACGCAUAGAAUGGUUCUCGUGCGAUUACUGAGCGAUCGAAUGCAUUUUUGUGCGGACCUCGAACGUCGACGUACAGAAAUCACGAAACAAAAUAUACUGGCGAGGCGUAGGCGACUCUGUACAAACAUAGGCGUUGUUAAUCGUUGUUAAAUUGUGCGCGUGUGAACCCAUCGAGCACCGGAUCCGCGUUUCUUGAAUUCUGUCACGAAUUUCGAAACAGGUCCGACACAAAAACCGAUCGGGCGAGAUUUUUCGUUUGAUCGACAGACGUCGCGUCGCGUUAUCGUAAUAGGAUUUCAGCAUCGUUUUGGUCGAAUCGCGCUGAAGCUGCUGACAACUGAAAAACGCGUGUCUUGUAACGAGAUGGCGUCGGCUGAGAUUGGAGAUACUUAAUUCAAUCGAUCGCGAUGACCGAUUGAUCAUUGUAUUCAACCAAAAAAAAAAAGUGAAA